CACACACACACAGAGUCACAUUCCUCCGCAGGCUCUGCGAGGGGCAGGCGCAGAGUGUGUGCUGGAGGCUCGGAGCUGAGCGCCUCUCUCACUCUCCCCAGUCGUUAAGUGAGAGAGCGGAGGAGGACGGGAAGGCAGAGGGACCCGGGGAGGUCUGACGACAGCAGCCCGGCUCACCCGGCACCCACUUCAAAUGCACGGAGCGAUAAAUGCAGGCACGGAGCUCGCGCCUGGCUUUGAUUUACUGGAGGAGCGCCGACGCCUCAUGACCCGGGCUGUCACUCCGCGAGGGAUGUGAGCAACUUUUCCUGCCAGGAGACAAACUUGAAGCAGGUUUGGGAAAACGCUGCACGUGCGCCGUCCAUGGCAAGAGUCGGAGGCAGCUUUCACCGCUGGAGGUCCAACUGAAGGAUGGAGGACACGUGUUCCGGACCGACGGCGUUCGCGACCACGCUCUGAUCCGGCUCCAAAGGGAACUUUCGGUCACAAAUAAACACAGCAAAGCGGCUAAAGAUAGAAGACCCCAGUUCACCUGCGACCCGUUUCCCAGGCUAAUAUGAUGCUGUGGUGCCACGCUGGUCGUCAACUGCUCUCGCUGGCGGCACUUCUGGCGAUCGUGAGCUGUGGAGGAGGGGAGCAGCGGCGAGGGACGGAAAGCAGCAGCAGCAGCAGCAGCAGCACAGGUGGCAGCAGCAGCAGCAGCAGUGGAGGAAGUGGAAGCAGCAGCAGCAGCAGCAAUAAUUACAGCAACAGGCGCUUCCAUAAAGUCCAGCAUGGCCAGUGCAGCUACACGUUCAUCCUGCCCGAGGGCGACGGCGCCGGAGGCUCCUGCAGGGACUCCAAAGCCGGCGGCACGCAGCACAACGCCAACUCGCUCCAGAGGGACGCCCCUCCACCUGAGCCGGACUUCCCCAGCCAGAAGAUCCAGCAGCUCGAGCACAUCAUGGAGAAUUACACCCAGUGGCUGCAGAAGAUUGAGAACUACAUCAAAGAGAGCAUGAAGACCGAGAUGGCUCAGCUGCAGCAGAGCGCCGUCCACAACCACACCGCCGCCAUGUUGGAAAUGGGAACCAACCUCCUCUCCCAAACGGCCGAGCAAACGCGGAAACUGACCGACGUGGAGACACAGGUUCUGAAUCAAACGUCCAGACUGGAGAUCCAGCUGCUGGAAAACUCUCUUUCCACCAACAAGUUGGAGAAACAGCUGCUGGUUCAGACCAAUGAGAUCAGCAAGCUGCACGACAAGAACAGCCUGCUGGAGCAGAAGAUGCUGGACAUGGAGCAGCGGCACCAGGAGGAGCUGGAGACGCUGAGGCAGGAGAAGGGCAGCCUGCAGACGCUGGUGGGGCGGCAGAGCGGCGUCAUCCGGGAGCUGGAGGCGCAGCUGAGCCGCGCCACCGGCAACAGCACGGCGCUGCAGAGGCAGCAGCAGGAGAUGAUGGACACCGUGCACAACCUGCUCAACCUCUGCUCCAAGGACGGAGUUGUUCCAAACAGCACGAAGGUCGCGGAGGGUGAGGCCAGGUUCCGCGACUGUGCCGACCUGUUCCAGGCCGGCUUCCACAAGAACGGCGUCUACACCAUCCAGAUCAGCCCGCAGGAGACCAAAAAGGUGUACUGCAACAUGGAAACGGCCGGCGGGGGAUGGACCGUCAUCCAGCGCAGGGAAGACGGCAGCGUGGAUUUCCAGAGGACGUGGAAGGAGUACAAGAUGGGUUUCGGGAGUGUUUCCGCCGAGCACUGGCUGGGAAACGAGUAUGUUUACCAGCUGACCAGCCAGCGGCAGUACGCCCUCCGAGUGGAGCUGACCGACUGGGACGGACACCAGGCCUUCUCGCUCUACGACCGCUUCCAAAUCGGCAGCGAGAAGCAGAACUACAGGCUGUUCCUGAAGAGCCACAGCGGGACGGCGGGCAGGCAGAGCAGCCUGGUGAUCCACGGAGCAGACUUCAGCACCAAGGACAUGGACAACGACAACUGCAUGUGCAAGUGCGCCCUCAUGCUCACCGGCGGUUGGUGGUUCGACGCCUGCGGCCCGUCCAACCUGAACGGCAUGUACUUCACGCAGGGGCAGCACAUCGGGAAGCUGAACGGCAUCAAGUGGCACUACUUCAAAGGCCCCAGCUACUCGCUGCGAGCCACCGCCAUGAUGAUCCGGCCGCUGGACUUCUCCUAGGCCUCCUCCUCGCCGCCUUCCUUCCUCUCCUCCUCCUCUUCCUCUCGUCUCAUCUCAUUUGUCGCCGGGAGUCACGGAGCGAGCGAGCGGACGGCCGACCCGCCUCGUCGGACUUGGAAACGAGACGCGGCGCCGCGCCGCAGACUUCACAGGCCUGACCCUUCUUUACGGCCCGGGACACGUCGGCGCACGGCCCGAGGUCACCUGGUUUGAAUCCCUCAAGCACGACGUCAGUCUUCCUGGAUCGACGAGGAGGGAUGGAACUGUUUCUAAUGACUGAACCUGCAGGACAGAACUCGCCUGAACGGAGGACGGACCCGAGACGUGGCCUUUUUUAUUAACAGAACACAUAGAUAUUGUGACUGUGUUAUAUAUUGUGUUUUUACUAUCUCUUGUUGUUGUUGUCGUUGUCGUUGUUGUUGUUCCUAUUUUUACACAGCAGCCAAAGACAGAAUGAGGAGCUGGAUUCAAAGUCGUGGCCACAGCCAGUCAGAAUGCUGGGAAUCGAACCGGGGUUCGGCCCGGGGGACCAUCCACGGUUAUUCUGUGUGACUGGAGGAUUUGAAUCGCCUCGUCGUGCGGAGACGAGUGAACUCCGACCCCGUUUCCACGGCGACGUCUCAGCUGAAAACACUAAACGAAGCUCGAAGUUUUGUGGCGUCGCCGGAAAACGUCGCCGUGUAAACGGGACCUUGAUGGAAGGCGUUUCUUCUCGUUCCACUUGAUUUAUUUCUCUCACGGUGUUUCACACAAAUUAACAGGUUUUUUUUUUUUUCUCUCUCUGUUAUCUGUUUUUCCUGCGUUUUGAUUGGAUCCACCCCGCCACCGACGCCACCCCGGGUAGAAAUACAGUCAUUAUCGCCGCGCCUGUCGGAAACAAGGCGGCGAUAAUGACGAAGGUCGCUCGCAGGUAUUCGCUGGCGGCGGCGCUCCACCUUUUGACCCACUAAUUAUUUUUAGAGUUCAUCAUGGGGAGGUUAUUAUUGGAUUAAACUCUGGAGCAGUUCGCCUUGAAAAGCUGGCUGAGAAACAAGCGGAAGCUGCCAGUACACACACACACACACACACUCACACACACGCAGUGCGUCCCGCCAUGUAAAGGCUUAUAUUAAGCUGGUUUCGCUCCUUCAGUUCGACCCCGUCCCAACUCUUUUUUGAUCGUUUUUGAGUAAAUUGUGAUCCGGAGUGUUUUUCUCACACACACAUCAGCGCGACAGCCGCGGAGCGCUGCCAGUUUCUGUUUCCCAUCAGCGCAGCUACGCGGGAAGAAAAGCGGCCUGGAUCGGACGCGGAGCGUGAAAUGAACGGUUCCUGAAUCGGGUCCAUGCGAAGACACGUUUCAUAACGGGCCUUUUCCUGAAAGGUACGACUUGGAGGAAGACGGAGCGUAUCUGGAACGUGUAAAACCACGGCUGACAUGUUUAUUAGCACACUUAAAUUGUAUAAUUGAAUGAGUGUGUAUGAGGAAAGCUGCCCGUUUUUUUUUUUUUGUUUUGUUUUUUUUUUUUUGUUCCAUGUUCUGAAGUCAAGCAUGAAAUCUAGAAGUUAAACUAAUAACCCUGGAAAAAUGUGCCUUUGAUAACUCUGCUUUUUACCUCAUUCAAUUGUAGAUUUGCAGAUUUAUUUAAACCUCUUUUGUAACAUGUGGUCGAUGUUGUGUUGCUAGAUUAAAUAAAGAAGCAUGUGAUGCACUAAUGUUUUCAA